AGGCUACUCGGUGCUUCUUCACGAAGGUGUGAGAUAUUGGGCAGAAGAGUGCAGUGGACUGGUGACGUUCCCUUUUGUCAGCGUAUCCCAUGUUUCCCACCGCCAGACAUUCCUCAUGGCACACACAGUGGCAGAUACGAGGAUGACUUCACUUAUGGGACAGUCGUAACAUAUACCUGUGAAGACGGCUACCCGCUUCUCGGAGAUGCCCACAUUCACUGUACCUCUAAGGAUGGGUUCCAUGGAGAGUGGAGUGGCCGUGUAUAUUGUGGAGUGAGGGAGUGUCCACCGCCUCAGCUUGAGAAUGGGAGGAUUAUUCGCGGGGUUUCUCAAAAGUACAUACAUAACCAAAGUGUCACGUUUGACUGCAACAAGGGCUACAUGAUGUCUGGCUCAAGAGAGAUCCGUUGCCAGAUGGACGGCAUGUGGGAGCCACCUCUCCCUCACUGUGAACGGGCUGUGCACUGCCAGCCCCCACCAGAUGUGCCAAAUGGGAGUUACAGCAACCGGGAAGCCACAGCAUUUACCCCUGAAAUGUUUGUGGAUUACACCUGUGAUCUGGGCUAUGCUCUUAUUGGAGAGGCCACUAUUUUUUGUACAUCAUCAGGGACAUGGUCUUCCCCUGCCCCUCGUUGCAAAGUGAGGGAGUGCCCACCGCCUCAGCUUGAGAACGGAAGGAUUGUGGGUGGUCUUUCUGACACCUACAGACAUAACCAAAGUGUUACCUUGGACUGCCACAAUGGCCACACGAUAUCUGGCUCAAGAGAGAUCCAUUGCCAGAUGGAUGGCACGUGGGAGCCUCCUCUCCCUCUCUGUGAACAGGUUGUGCACUGCCAGCCCCCACCAGAUGUGCCAAACGGGAGUUACAGCAACCAGAAAGACACAGCAUAUACCCCUGAAAUGUUUGUGAAUUACACCUGUGAUCCUGGUUAUGCUCUUAUUGGAGAGGCCACUAUUUAUUGCACAUCAUCAGGGACAUGGUCUUCCUCUGCCCCUUUCUGUGAAGGUAAACGUUGUCCCACAACCCUUCCGCUACUCGGUGCUUCUUCACGAAGGUGUGAGAUAUUGGGCAGAAGAGUGCAGUGGACUGGUGACGUUCCCUUUUGUCAGCGUAUCCCAUGUUUCCCACCGCCAGACAUUCCUCAUGGCACACACAGUGGCAGAUACGAGGAUGACUUCACUUAUGGGACAGUCGUAACAUAUACCUGUGAAGACGGCUACCCGCUUUUCGGAGAUGCCCACAUUCACUGUACCUCUAAGGAUGGGUUCCAUGGAGAGUGGAGUGGCCGUGUAUAUUGUGGAGUGAGGGAGUGUCCACCGCCUCACCUUGAGAACGGAAGGAUUGUUCACGGGGUUUCUCAAACGUACAUACAAAACCAAAGUGUCAUGUUUGACUGCAACAAGGGCUACACGAUGUCUGGCUCAAGAGAGAUCCGUUGCCAGAUGGACGGCACGUGGGAGCCACCUCUCCCUCUCUGUGAACGGGGCAAGUAUAUGGAGGAAGCUUUCCCUUUGAAAGAGUAUGAUGUCGAACAAGGAAAGCCACUAGCUAGUAGGGAUGUGCACUGCCAUAUAGUGUUCUGUGUUCAUCAAAGGGAAGCCUGGAUCAGCCUUGAGAUGGUGCCCUGAAUCUGUCCAGAUCGAACGCAGGUCAGAAGUUCAGGAAUUCUGUAAACAUAUGUCUUUUAUCACUAACAGGAGAAAAAUGGGCGUUCAUUGUAUAUGGUACAAAAUUUUCUGUGAGAGCCCCUUAUCCCCUUCUUUCUUCCUGCUACUACUACUUCCAAACUUGGCAACUAUCAUGGGAUGUCUGUAGAGGUGGGUAUUCAUAAUGCUAUCGUGUUGUUCCAUUUGU